AAAUUCAUACGCAAAAAUGUAAAAACCCUGUUGAACCUUGGACUCUCUGGAAGCGUUGUGGCAAUAAACGCAAAAGUCAAAUCGGAACUUUUCGACUGCCCUGUGGAAAAUCAUCAACAGUACGGGUACCUGUACCUUAUUGCACCCUGUGUCAUACUGUAUUUUGUUAAUCUAUUAGUCGUGGCGAAAAAGCUAACUCCGCAUGGCUUCCUGCAAACUAUAAAAGAAAAGCUGCAAAAGGAAACGAAAUUCGCCGUAUUCCGCAAUGUGAUAUUACCCAGCGUUUCGAGGGCGUUCGCAGCACCUCUGGCAUGGCUGAUAGUGUCACUUGCCCAAGGGGACUACUAUAUCUGCGCUACAGUCAGGCCUGGUCCUGAGAAGCGAUACAAUUUGAAUGAAGAUGAAAAACAAGAUUUGGCCGCAAGGAUCGCCGCAAGCAAAAGCACAUCACAGAUCGUCGCGUGGUUUCUGCUCGGCGUGGCGGUUUUGUGGACCUUC